AUUAUCGUUUCUGUCACCUACAACAUCUAUUUCAAUAACGAUAUUAGCAUCGAGGUUAGCUGCACCUUCAGCUUCAAUGACAAUGUACUCUUCGUUGCCAGUGUCAAAACAACAACUGAAAUCCAAGCCAGUGUCGGCAUCAGUGCCAAUGCCUCCAUCGAAAGCAGCUUAUCCAACGUCAUCCACCUCUGUGCUGCAAUCAGUAUUAGAGCCUGUAUCGCCAUCCUUGUCAUUUAUAGCUUCAAAAUCGAAGUUUCCAUUAUCGAUGGCAUCAUUAGAAUUAACGUCAAUGACACCCUCCAUUGCAGUGUUAUCUAUAUUUGUACCAAUUCCGUCAUCAUUCACGCCGGGAUCCUCUCCGGAAUUAUUCCCAGCAACAUCUUCCUCAAUAACGGUCCCAGCAUCAACGUCAGAAGUGUCUAUACUAGCCUCGGCGUCGUUAGCAUCAUCAAGAACGGUUACAAUAUCAUCAUUGGACUCAUCAGGAUCAAAAUCUGUAUCAUUGACACCUUCAUCAGUAUCAGCGUCACUCUCUCUCUCAGGGCCAUAUCCGCAGCCUGUAAAAGUGUCAACGUUUGUAUUAACAUCAUCACCAUUUUCUCCGUCAAAAUCUGUGCCGGAAUCAACAUCAUCACACACGUCAGCUGCCACUGCUGGACUAGAGUCAUCGUUAUACGAACUUAUAACAUCGUCAGUACAACAGUCAAAAUCGUCGUCUUGGGAAUAUGCCACACCAGAUAUGAAAAGCCAUGGGGGCCGCCCAAGUAUGAACAGAAUUACAGCAACAAAACAUACCGUAGUACCAAAGAACUCGGAAACUACAACCCAAAUACCCACGAGAACAAUACUGGACGAGGGUAAGUUCUUUAAGUCUUGUAAAGUUUUGAAGGUGACAGUUUUUAAGUUUAACUAUGUCUCAAAUUGAAGCCUGCGAGCAAAUUUAUAAAAAUGUCUAAAGCGAUACAUUGUGUCUCAAACGUAAGCUCUACAUGAGAACUCAUUUGCAUAACUCUUACAAGAUAAAGCUACUAUCUCGGUCUUUUUCUCUCACAGGAGAUACUAAGAGCUCAAAUGGUUCAAACAGCUUAGUACCUGGCGUGGCGGUGGGAAGUUUCGUUGCAGGUGCAGUCGUAACCUUAUUAAUAUGCCUCCUGGUGGUGUUUGUAAAGCGUAGAAAGAAGAGAAAAUCCCACGUCUCUGACUUACCAUUAACAGUACGUGAGCAACCCUCAGGUGAACCGCAGGUGGAAAAUCAGGAAAAUUUUUCCAAUGGGAGACCACCAAAGGACAAGGGGCCGUUUUUACUAAGAAAGGCU